CGUCGCCGUUCUGACGCCCGGCAGAAAUUUUUAGCCGCGGUAAUAGGCAAAAAACAACGACUCACAUCCACAACGCUUAUGGAUCACAAAAAAAUUAUCACACAGUUAUUUAUUUGCAAUUAAACCAUAAAACCAUUUAAACUAUAUUAAAAAAAAUUUAAAAAACAACCAUGAUAUCUGCAUUUUUAAUUUGAAAAAAAAAUUAAUUUGACAUGUGCAAUAUGUAAACAAGUGAAUAGUGAAUUUGUUGUUAUUGUUGUUAUCAUAAUUAUUAAUUAUUUUGAUAAAUGUGUAAUAAUGUGUUUGUGUUUUGUGAAUAGUGUCAAAGGAUUUAUUAAAUUUUAAACUCCAAUUUUAUCUUCUUGAUUUGCAAAACAUCGAAAAAAAAAAUGGAGUCCCGAGGAAAAAAAGUAAGGUGCGAUGGAAGAGCCAGCAGCUUUUCCAGGUAACCAUGAGAAAGAAAAUUUAAAAAAUGACAGUGACAAUGCGGUAAAUGUAACUGAUGAGAAAAAUAAUAUACAGCUUCUCUCAGUUGAUAAAAUUACUGUCGAAAAAAUAGUAAAAGAAGAAAGAGAUCGUGAAGGACAUUUGAGAAAAUUUGAAAAGAUAAAAAAAUCAUCAGAAUUAACGACAAAAAAAAUUGUAGGAAAAUUUGGUACAAAAGAAAUUUCUAAAUUGUCAACUGGUCGAGUUCACAAGGCUAUUAAUACUCCAAAUGUCAACAAAAUAAUACCGAUAAAAUUAUCAAAAAGUUCAUCAAUUGGAAGUUUGAUUGUAUUAGAAAAUUCUAAAAAAAAUUCUGAUUUAUUAAAAAUUUGUAAAAAUCCUCCAAAAGUUCCACCCAAGCCAGAUAAAAUAAAAGCUAAAAAACAAGACAAUGAAAAUAAUAAUAUUAAAGAUCAAACUAAUAAAUUAAUUGCAUCAGUUGAAGAGAUAGAAAGACUUCAAAAAAAUUUAGUUAAAAUUGAUUCGUCAACUGCUGAAGCUUACAAGCAAAAAUUACCAAAUUUAAAUCAACAUAUUUUAAAAUUUUCUCCAAUUGUUGAUCUUGAUAUUAACGAAAAUGUAACUGAUAAUUUAUUUGACCGAGAUUUUCUUGCUGAUACAUCCAAGAUAGAAGAUAAUAUUUCUGAGAGUGAAAAUAUAUUGCCUGUUAAGCCAAGAUACAGUAAGGCUGUUUCUGAAGUAGAAAAACGUUGGUCCGGAGAAUAUUUGGAUCACGUGCUUGAUAAAAAUUCUUCAGAAUCAUCGAAAUCAUCUUACAUUGAAGAACUUGGUAGUAUAUCAUCACAUGAUAGUGUACUAGAAGAUAUUUCAGUUAAAUCUUUCAAAGAAAAUUCACAAUUAUCGUUUCAAAAAGAAAGCCACGAAAAUACUGUUAGUACUGUUGAUACAAAUUCUUGUUUUGAAGAGCGUAUUAUAGCAAUUGAUAAAUAUCUUGAAGAUGAAAAUGGCAAUGAGUCUGUGAGUAGUACUCUGAAUGAGUCAUCUUCAACGAAAACUUUUCAAAAUCCUACAGAAUUAGAAAAUAAUGAAAGCUUAGAAAUAAAUCAAGAAACUAAAAAUUAUUUUGACAAUAAUAACAAUCAAAAAGACGGUUACGCAAAUUUAAUUCAAGAAAUAACAAUGGAAGCUGGUUCAUCAAGAGGUAAUAAUAAAGAUGAGAAAAAAAAGAAAAGUGGAUUUAGGCGACUUUUGCCUGGAAUUUUUUCACCAAAAGAUCCUCGAAAAGAUUAUAAAAAAGAGCAUAAAGAACGAAAAAAACGUGAUGAAAGACACUUUAGUCAGCAUCAGCAAAAUGGAGUAUACACAAGAUCACCAGAUACAAUGAAUCUCAAUGAAGAUAUUAAACGAAAUGUCAAUUUAGAUACUAGUUUAAAUGGUUCAAUAAUUGAAGAAAGACUCAAUGAAAUAAAACAAGAACUUUUUCCUGAACAAGGUAUGACAACAAGUACACCAGAUCAUUUUUUACAACCUGAUCAUAAUGUUAUUCAUGGCAGACGAACUCCCAGAAUUUAUACAACAAAUUCAUCAUUAAGUUCAAUUGCUGUUGAAGAUAAAUGGAUUGAUCAAAAUAUAAUAUCUGGUUCUCCUGAUAUGAGACAAAUAAAACAAAAUAUUUUGAUACCAGCUAAUAAUAAUAAUAAUAAUGAGGGACAUCAUAGAACUGCCUUGGAGCGUAAACAUAGCUUUCAAGAUGCACAGCCACGAUUCUUCAGAAAUCAUGGUCCAUCUGGAAGAAUAUCAGCACCACCAUCUGAGAGGUAUCUCAUUCGACCUCGAGCAGUUCAUCCAGUAGACCGACCAUUGCCAGCAAUUCCACAAAAAAUUGAAUUUUCAAAUUAUGAAAACCAUGAAAGGGUUCAACAACAACAACAAGCAGCUAUGAAUCAUCAAGAAACACCAUAUUAUUGUGCUAAAGAAAAUUAUGUUUACGAUGCCCAGUUAUAUGAAAAUGGACGUCAUAUUGACAAGCCAGAUUUUAAUAGAAAUCAAAGUAUAGAUUCUGGUUUUAAUUCGACACCAGUAUCAGGACAGGCAAAAAUUAAUAAACAAUUAAUAGCUAAUCAACAAAUCAAUCAAAAAAUGCCUGUUCAUCUUGCAAGAAGUCCUAAGUAUUCACCAAGUUCUAGUCAGAAAUCUGGUGAUUAUGCAGACUCAAGUUACACUCCAAAUUCAAGUCAAAAAAGUGAAUUUUCACCUGGUAGUUCAAAGUCUGGUGAAUAUUAUUUAAAUUCACCGAGAAAUAGCUGUCGAACAUCACCAGACAGUAGUUUUAAUGAUCGAAGAGAUGGAGAACCUACGUCUUAUCAAGUUCCAUCAAAUAUUCGAGUUCAUAGUCAAGAUGAACAGCUUUAUGAUGAAGCUCCUCGUGCCUCACCUUAUGAACCUGAAGAAUUAUCAGCAAGUCCACGUCAUGAUGCCCAAAAUACUAAUCCUGAAGUGCCAUAUGUCCAGAAAGCAUCACCCAACAUUCCUUUAUCUUCAAACCUUGCAAAACUUAGAGCAAAUAUGGAACAUACUCGACCUGAAUCUCCACGAAGUCCAGAUAAUCAACAUACCCAUAUAACUUCAUCAAGUCCAUCACCAAGAUUGAAUGAGUCAAUAGAAAAACGAUCAACAAUUAAAUCACCAAUACCAAAUUCACCUCGAGUCACUUCACCUCUGACAAUUGUUCCUCCACCACCUUCCUCAGCAUCACCUUGCUCAAAUACAACUGUAUCAUCUUGUGAAAAAAUUCCAAGUCGAUCUGGAACACCAAAAAUUCAUGGUCCAGUUUCACCAAAUAGGCUUUCUAUUCAAACAAAUCAAGGACCAAAUCAAAAGCCAAUAUCAUCACCAACAAUGUGGAAUACACGAUCUUCUGGCUAUGGAGUUAUGUCAACUUUCCAACCACGAAAAUCUCAGCCAAGUGAUCAAAUUUUAAUAGCCUCUCCCAAGAGAGAACUUGUUUAUGAUACUGAAAGACUGGCUGAAUCUCCUGGUCAAGUGUCAAGUCUACAAGAAGGUCGUCAUAAUACACAUACAAUUGAUAAAAAAAAUAACUCAAAUAAUUCACCAACAGAUGUUGAAAUUUGUAAUCAACCACCACCACAAGCUUUUCAAGAUAAACCAACAUCUGAUUUGCCUCAAAAUGAAAUACAACGACCACAACCAAAAUAUGUUCAAAGGCAAGAAGCUGCCCAAAGAACAGUAUCACCUGUAAUCGUCAAUACGAAUGUUGAAAAAAAUAUUCCUCAAGUUUAUGAAGAACAAACAAGUAUGCUUCUCAUUAAAACUUGUACUGAAGAUGAUAAAAAAAUUAAAUCAAAUAUUCGACAAGAAGUAAAGUCACCUAAUCAUCAACAAAAUACAAAAACUUCACCGAAAAAUAAUACACAAAUUGUAGCUUCUCGUUUACCAAUUCCGGAAAUUCGAAAAGAGCCUAGCUUGUCUCCAGAACGGCCUGAUACUCUUCAUCUCCGUAGAAAAGAUACUAGCCCAUCUCACGAGAGACCUCAAGGUAUCUAUGGGGAUCAACGAAUGCUUCCUCAAAAUAGAAGUGCCUCGAAUGAACAAAUUUAUGGAAUUAGACCAAGACAACUACAAUUGCCUCAACAAACUCCCCAGAGACACGAAGCUCAAGUGCAUCAGCAAAAAAAGACUCCACCACCACAUCAGCUAUCACCACAAGUAGCUUGCUCUUCACCAAAACAGGCAGUGGUUUUAAAUAAAAGUCCUGAACAAAUUUAUGGAUGGCAAGUUGUUAGAGAACCAAUAUACGCCCAAAAAAAUCAAAAACAAGAUCCAAUCUACAGUCAAAAUCCCAAUCGUCAAUUAUCUCCAUCAAAAAAGCAGACAUUGCAAAAUUUAGAGGCAUAUUAUUGGCAACAAAAAGCUCUUGAGACAUCACGGUCCUCAACAAAUUCACCAACUACCUCCAAUCGAUCGACAGAAACAAAUACCUCAGGGGGUGGUGGACCGCCUGAAGUGCGAGAGGCAAUUUAUUGGCAACAGUUAAAAAAACUUGAUGAAGAACAACAGCGUAAAAUAUAUGAAAGAAAUCAAUUUGAAGAAAGAAAUGAAUUAUUAAAAAAAAAUAUACAAAGUCCUUCAUCAAUUAAUGAUGCAAAUAAUAGUGAACAAAUUUAUUGGAUGAAUAAAAUGCAACCAAAGCCAAUUAAUAUGGCAGCUAAGCCACCAAUUGCUGGUCAAAAAGGACAAAAUCAACCUGUACUAAUUGUAAGACCACAACAAGCACCAGUCAGAGAUUUAAAUCAAAAUCAAAUUAAUGAUCAAUUGAUAACACAAAAUGUGUCACCUAAUUUUAUAAGAGGUGAUGAACGUCGUAGUCUACAAUUGCCACGUCGUAAAGUUACAAUGGAACAUGACGAUGGUGGUUUUAAUGAAUCUAAAAUGGGAACAAUGAUACCAAAAAAAAAUAUUCAAAUAACAAAUUACGAAGACAAUGAUGAAAAAAAAAAUAAUCCACCUCCGAUUUUUAAGCGUGGUAGUCUUAUUAGUAAUUCAAGUAAUUCAGUUGAUUAUGGUACACUGGGAACAAAACGUGUGAGCUUUUCAAAUCAAGCAAAUUCACCAGAAAUUGGUUCAGGACAUUGGCCAACAAAACAUGGCAUGGCACCAGAACCACCAACUCGUAAACAUCGUGAAGAAGAUAAAACAUCUGACUCGAUAAAUUUAUCUUAUACUUCACGUGUUCAAGAAGAGAAUCAAAAUAAUACAAAUAAUAUUUAUGGGAAUACAACAUAUUUAAACCAACAACAACACCAACAGCAACAGCAACAACAACAACAACAACAACAACAUCAUCAACAACAACAACAAGUUAUUUAUCAACAAACUGAAUAUGAUGCUAAACCAUUGCCACCAACACCAAGAGGUGCUUGGACAAUGAAACGUAGCAAUAGUAUGAGAGAUUCAAGAAGAAACACAGACAUUAUUCAACAGCCAAUCUCUAAAUCACCAGUCAAUUCACAAAAAAGACCUGGUGUAUGUGAGAGUGAAAGUGGUAGUGAAGCUGGUGAAAUUUCCAGAACUUCACAGCAUCAUUCUGAUGAGGAGUGGAACCCUGGUGGUAAAGGUCGUCAAUCAAAUGACACGGGUGGUACAGGCAGAGUGGAGGGUGAGGGUGGAUCAAACGAUAUUCCAAGUGGUAGAAGAAUAUUGGGUAACAUUAGUGGUGGAAGAUCAGGUGGUUCAGGGGGUGGCGGUGGUCGUUCAAGGGACGAGCCAAGACGGCACACCCUUAGUGGUGAUCACGCGCCCUCCCUUCAUCAUCAACAAUUUAACGCUCAGCAACUUCAUCCACUGCAUCCUCAUCAUUUGCCACCUCCACACGGUCAAUACGGUACAUUACCCAACAGACAUACAACCAUGGAUCUCGAGAUGGGGACCAAGUCUCGCCAGAGAAAGUCGCCUUUGCCGAGGGGAUAUCCACCCCCGUCCACAGCAAUGCUUUUCGAUGACGACCCAGGUAUUAUGUCAGAGGUCGAAACCUCAAGUACUGGAUUUCGACGUGGUGGUAAACAAAGAAGCAGUCUACCAGUCGUACGAACACCAAGCAAAACUUUGGAGCGACCACUAGGUCUAGUAUUUCUCCAGUACAGAAAAGAAACAAAAAGAGCUUUAUUACCCAACGAAAUAACCAGUAUUGAUACAGUCAAAGCACUUUUUGUACGAAGUUUUCCAAAACAAUUAACAAUGGAAUAUCUUGACAUGCCUGAUGUUAAAAUUUACAUACACGAUAGCAACAAAGACAUGUUUUACGAACUUGAAGAUCACAGAUCACAUUUACGUGACAUAAGAGAUAGAAGUGUACUACGUUUGAUCGAAAAAACAGAUACACUUGUUGGUAUGCCUGGUGGUCCAGUUGGUAUACCAGUUGGUGGACAAGGUCUUCCACCACACUGGGAAGAUCCAAGUUAUUUCAGUGAACCAGAAUUCGACAGUGAAUUUCAACAUCAACAUAUUCACAAAAGCAAGACAGCUAAAAAUUCAAAUUCAGGCGGUUAUUAUAUGGGUGGUAGUAGCACACUGCCAAGAGGUGGAUCCAUCAUGAGAGCUUACAGUCCAGCAUCGUCAAUUUUAGCUGGACCAAAUGCAACUCCAACACAGCCAAAGACACUUGGUACACCAGGUGGUGGUGGUGGUGUUAGUAGUGGUGGUGUUGCACCAGCAAAACCCCUGCGUGGAUAUCAAUGUGGUAAGACACCCCUAGGAAGCCUGGGGGCCUCAGCACGCUUCUCUAGAGACAGCUCUGUAUCCCUCUAUAGUAUACCAGAUCGAAUUCAUGGUGAGAGUGGAUACAUGAGUAGUCCAGAAAGAACUGGUGGUGUUGGUAGCAGCAUUGGAAGAUAUCCAAUUGGUCCGUACAGUGCUGGUAGCAGUUAUGAAGAGCCAUACUAUUCACAAUAUUCCGGAACAGUUACACCAGUUAUUGACGAAGAAGCAAGUGACACUGAGCUGUUGGAGGAAUCAUACAGCUUGUAUGGUGUUAAACCAUCAGGUCGUCCACCAUCUGGUCCCCCAAGAUCCCCAUUUCCUCCAGGUGCACCAGCUCUACCUCCGGGUCCAACCUACGAUGUUACUCGGAUUAGAGUGGAACACAUGGAGAGACAACUUGCAAAUUUAACUGGUCUUGUGCAAAAAGCAUUGACACAUGCUCCACAUCCGAGUCCAUCACCAAGAGACUAUUUACAAGUUCCAGCUGGACGUGAUCCAUACGCCAGAAGUGCAGGCGCAGGAAAUGAGUUUGACAAAAACUCUAGUUCCAGCUCAGUCUCAAUGCCAGAUGACUCGUAUUUAAGGACUGAUGUUAAACCACCAAAACUAGGCAAAGACAAGUCGGUGUCUUUUGAAAAAUCAGUAUCAUUCAGUGAUGAGCCACCUGACAUGAAUUCACCAAAACAACACUCACCACAACAUGCAGCGGAUACAAAACCAACUAAACCAGCAAUAAAAUCAUCAACUUUGCCUCGGAUGUCAUCCCAAGAAAGAGAUAGACAUAAACCAACACCACCACCAAAACCAGUUGCACUAACAACUGGUCCAUAUGUUUAUCGUGAUUUAUCAUUAACACCAGAAAUGUAUAAUCAAUUACGUGGUUUACAAAAAAAAGCCAAAGAUCUACGUCAAGAAGUUAGAAAUUUGCGACGAAUGUCACAAGCACAAGCACAUACUGUUAGAGAAACAAUCAGAGAUACAUUUAUUACAAUUAGAUCAAUGCUUUUAACUGGAGGUGACGCCGCAUGGGCAGCUGGUGACACUGAAAAAAUACGUUUGAGUCGUGAAGAAGACCUCUACAAACAGGAAAUGAUAAGGCUGGAAAAUGAUCUAACCGAGCUAGAGAGUACAGUGGAGGAAUUACGAGGAAAUGUUAUCAAUCGAAAAACUCGUGUCAAUAUGUCUGAUGUUGAAAAUAUGGCUUUGAUAUUAAGUAAAUCUAGCAAAACAGUGGCUGAUUUAAAAGUACGUUUUCCAAAUUUACAAGAAGGUAUGAAAGGCCUUUUAAGUUCUGAAAUGGAAAAAGUUGUACGUGAAGAAAAAUUUUUAAAGGAAGAACCAGAAAGACUUGAAUCAGCUUUACGACGUUGUAAAAAAUUAACUGGAACACUCGUCACUUUAAAACGCUUGGCGUCGGUGCAAGAGCAGCGAUUACCAAAUGCAGUUAAUAUUGAUAAUGAAGAGACACCACCAACACCAACUUCAGCACAACAUUCAAAGACAACUGCCCCUGUGCCAGCGGAACGCACUAUCAUGGGGUCAACGGGCCUCAUCGGGGGAGGGUCCUACCCUGGUGACUCAUCCACCGCCUAUCAGCAGCGUCCGGAGAACGCACUCGACGCUUUGCUAGAUGAAUUACAAACAUUUUCACGUCCAUCAUCACAAUUGAGUCAAGUAUCUGGUAUCAAUCAAACAACAACAAUACUAUCAUCAUCAUCAACAACAACAGCAACAUCAAAUCACAUGCCAACAAUGCUUGAACUUGGUAGAUCAGCAAGUCAAAUAUUACCAAGUGGAAGAGCACCAAAUAUAUCUGAAAUUGGUAGAAAAGGAAGUAUUGAUUCAUCAAGUAGUUUGGCAAUAAUAACAACAACAAAUAGUAAUAACAAUACAUUAAGAAGAUUACAUUCAUAUCCAUCAAGUUCAGAUACAGAUACAUCACCACCAAUUGCUAGAAUACAAAUAACAAAUGAUACAAAUAUAAUACAACAACAAAAACCACCAGUACCAGAAAGAAAUGCUGAAUUAUUACAAUUAGCAACAUCAAGACGUGUACCACCACCUCCACCACCAAGAACAAGUUCAAGAUCACCAUUAGCAAGUCCAACAAGUCCACAAUUACCACCAAGAAAUCCAAAUAUAAAUAAUUGUAAUACAUUAAGACGUAGUGGAAGACCAAAAGACAUAUGUAAACCACCAAUGGCUCUACCAUCUGGUAUUGAUGAUCAACAACAACAAUCACAAUCACCACAAACACCAAAUAUAUUAUCAACAUCAAAUUCAAGCUCAUGUGAAAGUAUCAAUUCACAAGAAGGUAUGCAAAAUAAAAAAGGUAGACAAGAACAAUUAGAACAACGUCAUCAAGAAUUAUUAAAAAAACAAAAAGCAUUACAAGAACAAUAUGCUAGAUUACAACAAUUACAAAGAAAUGCAUCUGGUUUAGCAACAGUACCACCAACACCACCAGAUUUACUUAAAAAAACUGGAUCAGAAAGUAAUAUAUUAGCUAAAAUGGGACUUGGUAUGUCUGCAGCAAGUUCUGGCUCAUUAACAAGUUUAACAAUUAAUAAUGGUAUUAAAAGUAAUAAUGAACAACAGCCAAUUGGUGUUAGUGAAAUUAUUAUAACACCAGCAACACCAUCAGCAAUACAAACAACAACAAGUAAAGUUUAUGAAACUGAUAUUCUGUGACCGAUAAUCGACAUAUUUCAUAAUCGUAAUUUUAUUAAUGUCAGUUAACGUCUCAUUGUGAUGUUAUUGGAAUUAUUAUAUUAUUAUUUUCAAAUAAAUUGAAUACUCUUUUCCGUUACUAAUCUCCGUUACAAUAAUUUUGAAAAAAAAGAAAUUGUGUUGGAUUUUUUUUUUUUGAAAGAAAAUAUGCACAAUUAUUAUUGUGCAGUCAUUUAUUAAUUAAUGAUAAUUAAUGAAAAUUUUAAUAACAAAUUAUAAUGUUCGUUGAUAGAUCUAUGACAUUAGAAAAAAGAAAUAGUAAUAAUUUGUUUUACCAUUGUAUAUUUAAAAGUAGAGACAUUAAAAUAUUUAGAUUUUUUUUCUAAAUAAAAUUGACAUUGUCGGUUGAUGAUGUUUGAUUAACGAUUAAUUAAUUUCGUUAAUAGAUAAUUAUUAUUAGUUGAAUUUUAAAAUUGAUGAAGGAUUUAAAAGAAAAUUGAUAAAUUUUAAUAAGAUAUUUAAGAUUGCUCGGUUUUGGCUGUUAAAUCAUAUAGAUAUUUAUGUCAUCUCGAGGCAAGCAGUUAACUGUUUACCCAUAAUAAAUUAACUCAUAUUUAAAAAAAAAAAA